AUGGCAAAGAAAGAAAAGAAGGCAAAGGGUAAGAGAGCCAAGACCUUUGACUUGUUGGAAAUAACUGAGUCAUUGGGGUACCAGAUUCAUAGAAAGAACGGUAGAAAUUCUUGGUCGAAAGAGGAAGAUGAGGAGUUGCGAGUAUUAAUUAGUGAUGCAUUAAAGGAGUUGGGAUACCCUGGAGGUAUAGAUUCCGUGAAGACUAUUCAUGAGUCUGUAGAGGUGAGUAAGAGAGUUCCAUGGGAAUCAUUGGCACAGAAAUUUAGAAACGAGUUGAGGACAGCCAAGGAUUUGAGGAAAAGAUGGACUGGCUCGUUGGACCCUAAUUUGAAAAAAGGUAGAUGGACAAAAGAAGAAGAUGAACAAUUAAUACGAUCAUACGAAAAGUUCGGGGCACAUUGGUUAAGUGUUUCCUUAGAAAUUGAUGGGAGAACUGAGGAUCAAUGUGCAAAGAGAUAUAUCGAAGUGUUAGGUCCUGGAAGUAAAGGAAGAUUGAGAGCUUGGAGUUUAGAAGAAGAUUUAGCACUUAUUAGUAAAGUGAAAGCUUAUGGUACCAAAUGGAGAAAAAUAUCAUCAGAGAUGGAGUUUAGACCUUCUUUGACCUGUAGAAAUAGAUGGAGGAAAAUUAUUACUAUGGUAGUACGAGAUCAAGCUGACGAAGCAAUUGUAAAAGCUGUGAAAGAAAAUAAAGAUAUAGAUCUAUCUCAGAUCUCAAGAGAAACGAAGGGUGAAAAACUGAACAUGGAAAGAAAGGAUAUGAUUAAAUCUUCUAAACAUAUUGCGACCAGUAGUAAUAGCCCAAUCAUGGACGGCGGAAGAUCACCAUCUCAUAACAAUGUAACAAAUAAUAAAUCGGUAUUGGAUCGGCUAGAUACUACCGCUUUACAUUCUCUCUCGAACUCGGAAAAACAUAGUGUAUCGACAAAUAAACAGUUGCCAUCUUUAUCUGAAUUAACUCCGUCGCCGGGGUUUCUAGAAAAUAUGAAUCAUCCAGGGAACAGUAAUCCAUCUAUGUUGAACCCUCAUAAUACAAAGAUUUUGGAAGAUUCUUUAUCUCCAUUGGUAAGAGCAACUGGUCUAAUUUUAGAUUCGACGAUUCCAUUAGAUAAAUAUCAUCAACGUCAACAGGCAACACCGAUUCCAGAAAAGUCAUUAAAGAGUGAUGGAAUUACUCAUAAUAUAUCUGAUAUAAAUCUCCCUAGUGGAACAAGUCCCAGUAUAUCUAGUGAAACGCCUAACGCAAUUCUAUCGGUACCAGCUGCAGCUUUACAUACUCAAACAGAAUGGAAGUUUACGCUAAAGGAUAGAAAAGGUUUGUCAAUAUCAAAUGGUUUAAUCAAUAACAGUGAGCUUGUUCGAGAAUUAAUUGACCAGGCUAGAAAAUAUUCCUUAAAAAUUUCUGUUCAUCAACAUAUUCAUAAUCAUUAUGGUGGAAGUGGAUUACGGAACAGUAUAAACAGUAAGAUGUCUGAUCAAAAUGCCUCGACUGCCAGCAGUUCAAAUUCUAAGGGUCUUUCACCUGCUUCGAUUGUCGAACUUUAUCAAAAUCCAUAUAUGGUGAAGAGUGCUGUUUCAUUACCAGAAGAUGUUAUGCAUCAACUUGCUAGAAACCAAGACCCCAAUUUUCAUAUUCGUGACCAAAUACAAGAAGCCCACCAAGAUUUGGGAACACAACAUGGAGCUGAUGACAUAAAUUUUUUAACCAAAGCUCAGACUCCAAAUUAUCCUUCUUUAGAAUUUGGUCCUUCACCAAAUGUGGACAAUAAAAAUAUUGGAGAUCAUCUUUUUUAUCCACAUGUCAAAACAGUAUCUAACCCGGCAAUAUUAACAGCAGAAAGUGCAGGAAGUAACUCUACGAUGACCUCUCCACAUUUCUCUAAUGUAGGUGGACCAAAUAGAGUCAGUCCGCAUUCAUUAAAAUCUGAUGGUUCGAGUAGUAUGGUCCAUACCACACCAGGUAGUCAUGGGACUAUUAAAUCUCAAACCAGUGAUAUACCUGAUGUAGGACCAAGUAGAUUUUCACAUUUCAAUUAUUUACCUCCUACUAUUAGACCUCAAUUAGGUUCCUCCGAGACUGGAAAUUCCGAUCUUAAUAAAAUAUUGAACCCAUCUCCAUUGUCUUCCAGUACAGGAAGAAGGAAAAGAUCAAUUAGUAGUAAACAUAAACACUCAAAAUUAAGAAAGAAGGGUAAGACUACACAAUCAGAAUCAAGUAAACCUUACGAUGAAGGGAAAACGCAUUCAAUUUCCAGAAGAACAAGUAGAUCGAAACAAGAUUAUUCAUCUGAUGAUGGUAUUGAUUUUUGGGAAAAAUUGCGUUCUCUCGAUAGACAUGGUAUUAAUGCAGAUUCUUCAACUAGUAGUUCUGUAACAACGACUUCACCAGAGGAUCGUGGGGUUACUCCUCGUGAAGCGGACGUGCCACCAUCUGAAGAAGAGGAUAGUAAUGAUCCAUUCUACUACUUAAACCCAAGUUGA